UCUCACACCCGUCCCACACCGCUGCCAUGUCCGCCGCAGAUCCCUCCACAUCCGACGCCCCCAAGCAGCCCAUCCCGCCCAAGCAGGUCCUCUACUGCCACAUCUGCACCUUCCCGCCCGAGUAUUGCGAAUUCGGAUCGAGCAUCACAAGAUGCAAAGAGUGGCUACAGUCGACCCAUCCGGAGCUCUACGACAAGUAUUGGUCCGAAGAGGCCUUGCAAGCCAAGCUAGGCACUCUCUCGCUCGAAGCCCAGACCAAACUCGAGAAGGAGGCCGCAAAGAAGGAAGCCAAGGCGGAAGCCAAGGCUGACGCCGCACUGAAGAAGAAGAUGGCGAGCCAGGUGACUAUAAAGCGGAUUCAACGAAACAAGAACAAAUACGUGACAACCAUCCACGGCCUGGAAGCUUUCGAGAUCGACCUCAAGAAGGCCGCCAAACUCUUCGCCCAAAAGUUCGCGACCGGCGCCUCCGUCUCGAAGAACCCGCAGGGGCUGGACGAGAUCGUCGUCCAGGGCGACGUCUCCGACGACAUCCAAGAUCUCCUCGUCAGCCCCAAGGGCAAGGACCUUCCCAUCCUAAAGGGCGUCCCCGACGCCAACAUCGAGCUCGUCGAGGAAAAGAAGAAGAAGGGCGGAGACUGAGCGCCAUCGAAGCUUUCCCGCCGAACGCGUGUCAUCAUCUGUACUACUAGCUAAGACAAAUCGCUACUUUUGAACGUCGAUUCCUCGCCCGCCCGUACCGCUGUGACUCAGCGAGAGGCAGCCCGUUGAGUCGCUUCGCGGGAAGGGUGAGUCCGAGUGGUAUGCACCGUCUCGUCAAACGUCACUCUGCUCCCCAUCGCGUCUCGCCACGUUUCACUUUGCUCGCCUAGGUAGCCUUCGCGUCCGUUCGUGACUUCCUGGUGCGGCUCCGCAGGCAGCCGCGGUAUUUCGAAGGAGCCGCCGUCAUCGGAUACUCUGAGGGGCUCAGCCCCUACUAGUCUGGAUAGAAGAUCCUGUAGCAUCGCUGGUUUUGCGUGAGGUUCGCGGUCAUCUCUCUGCAGAAGAACCUCUUCCGAGAGCGGAUGGUCCACAGAUGCUCGCAAAUUGUCGUGAGAGAUAUCCGGCGACGGUUCGAGAUGUACCCCGGAGUCUUCGACCGUCAUUGACGGCGCCUCAUAGCCGUUGCACUGCUGUCCAUUUGAACGAGGCAUUUCCGUGAUGGGCGCGGCCUGGGGUAUGACAGGUUCCGGGAAUUCCAUGUAGCUGGGGUACUCUCCCGGCCAUCGGGGACCGACGACGCUGCGGGGGUGAUACGCCGGGGGUGCCAAACCGACGUCCCCGCCUCCGAUGCCGAACUGCAUCCCCGCGUGAACGAGAUGAGGAAUUGAAGCGAAGCGCGAAGGUAAUGGACGAGGCCCUCUGAAACCGACGACGGGUCGUUGACGAGGGGGCGGGACAGGCAGCGGAGGAAGCAUCCUGAACCCGCCAACGAAAGCAUGAGACCGCGAUUCUACGAUCGGGGUCGCUGGUUCGAUAUCUUCGGCGGACGAAUAGCUGAUCGGGGUAUUGGGCCGUGAACGCUUUGAGAGCGGUAUGUAGUCGAAGAAGGAAUACAGCGCCUCCAUGUCUCGUAUGGCCCACCGCUCGUCGAACGUGCAGUACAAGUGCCGGAAGUGAUCCAGCAUGUCUUUAUCGCCGAAUCCGAGCUCUUGUGCGGUCAAGAUCUGGUGUACGAGCGCUCGAGGAGCCAGUUCGCGGUGAUGACCGGCAAAUCGGAUGAGCUUGAUCCACGGCACGCUGAGACGGUGAGCACCGAUGUCGGGAUCGCUAUCCCGCAAUCGGACCUCCUCCGAUAUCGCGUGCGUCACCAUUGCCAGAAAGGAGGUCGUGGCAGACUGGAUCCGAGACGUGCUGCCUGACGUGUUGUGUGCCCGCAAGUUGGUGACGACCGCUAUCACUGCCCAAAACACGUCUCGGGCUCGCUGGGAAGUCCCCAGCGUUUCCGUUUCGCCGAAUGGCGAGCUCGCCCGCAGGCAUUCCACGAAUUCUGUCGGGGUACAAUCGUUCCAGUCCGCUUCGUCUAUGCUGAGCAGAAGGGAGAUGAUCACCGCAGUUCCGUCCAUUGAGUCGGGCCAGCGGAGUCGAGAA